UUUUACAGGAUAAAAGUAUAAUAACAAAUCAGCUUCCACUCAUGUAAGCCGAUAGGUAUCUCUCUGCCAAGAAGAAUCUUGCUUUAUGACUUGUGAAUUGAAAUUUGUAUCCUCUCUAAGCACUAUUCUAUCCAAAGAUUAAGCUCUCCCUUUCUGUUGCCCUUUUGGCCUGCAGCUGCUGACAACGACAUGAGAAAUUGGCUGAAGUGCUCGAUGAAGCAGUCAAGCUGGGACUGUGUAUCCAUCUCUUACAUGAGGCUCUUUGCCUAAAGCAUCUAUCACCUCUGUCCAGCUUCUGGAAACUCCUGGGAUAGGAGAGCAAACCAGUCAAGAUCAUGAUGUAUUAAAUGAAGCAUGUAUAAAACCUGGAUGCAGAGACCUCUAUUCAUGUCCAACGCCUUUCCUGGGAAUGGCAGCAGGGGCACUUUAAUAGCAGGAGCUGCAAUCAGGUCUCAGGAUUCAGCAGUUGACCUCUUGCCCAUUUGUCUUUUGCAACAUCCAAGUUUCUCAUGGUCAGCUGAGCCCCAUGGACAACAACUCUGCCGACGUGUACCUGGCAACUGUGGGGAGUCACAAAGGCUCUGUGGUGAGACAGCUUGCUUACUGCAUGUGCCAGGAGAAGCAGCCAUGAUUCCUGACAUCUUGCACUGGGAGGAGUAAGAGGCCAGCUCCCCAGAGCUGGAAUGGGAGGAAGGACAUUGCCAAAGAGUGGCUUUUUCCCUGCUGGGAAGGAAAUUCCAACCAUUUUUUAUGGAGAAGUCUUCUGUCCCCAGAAGUAUGUGAGGUUGAUCUGUCAGAGUGGGACAAAAGGAUCAGUGUAUAAACCUUAAGGUUGUUGCCCCAUGGCUCCAGCAGUGACUUUCCAACACCAACCACUCUAAUCACAACGAAAACCAGUACUGGUAAAUCCAACAUAAAUUCACUAAAGAAUUGCUUGUAUUUUGUCCAGAUGACAGAACUUAGCCAGUUCCACAGCCAGCCCACCUCUGAAACUCAGUGUCCCCUGUGCAUUGGUAUGGUGAAGGCUGUUAGAGGAAGUAUAAUAUAUAUUUUAAAAAAACCUAUUGAAAAUACCAGCUAACAAAUUAACUUGUAUAGCUAAAACACUGGAUUCUUUUGAUUAAGGAGAAAUUUUCAGGAAGAAUUAAUGCCAAUGGACUGAGGUAGUUCUUGGAACUUAUUUCAGAGACAAGAGGAAAAGGGGGUAAAUCUUUGUGCACCAGACUCAAAAACCAGGGAAGUUGGAGUGUGGAGUCAUGAGAUUAACAGAAUAGAAAAUUGCCUUGAAUUUAUCAGCAAGAAAAUUAUUUAUUUGUUCUUUUGUGCUUAAGGAGAAAGGGACUCUGAAUGAUCUGCUUCUCAAAAUAAAAAUCAUCUCACAUUUGGAUUGCUAGCUCUUCUUCCUCCUUCCUGAAUUAAGCAAUAGUCUGAGGUGCUUAAGAAGAAGUUUCUCAGGUGUUCUUUGAAUUUAUACUGGCUAUGGAAAAAGUAAAAUAGAUAGGUAAGAGUGGUUUAAUCUCCUCUGUUCUUUGCUCCUUUCAUCUCUCUGGUGGUUUCUGAAGCUCUUACACAAGUGCAGCUCCACCCCUGUGUUGCCAGACAAUGUGUCAGUGCUGUGUGUGUGCUACACGCAGCAUGAGGUGACACUUCUGUCCAGCUGGGACUCUCAGGGACUUCAGCUGAAAUGUGUGCCCCUGCCCCAUGGGGCAAUCCUUGAACUGACAGCUCAAUCCUUGGCCUCAGCCUUUCCUUCACAUCCUUUUCAGGGGGAUGCCGUGUUCAGACCAGCAGGCUUGUCUUUAACGGUGCUUGCUUCCAGUGGCUUGAAGCUCAGGGUGCAAUCCCCAGGUAACUUGUGUGGUAGGCAGCUGCAAUCUUAGUUUGCCCAUAGAAAGCAAAGAGCUAGGGCCAUAGAACUGGAGGCCAUUUAUAAAGCUAGUUAUGGAUAUUUUAUUUUCAUUAUCUCUGUCUUGUGCCUCUCUGCAGUAGUUGCAGGCCCAGAGAACAAAGCAGUGUCUUUUGUUUAGUGGUUUAAAGUGCAGAAGAAGGGGAAGGAAGCUAGCAUUUGGUGGAUGUUAGACACAUAUAAAAUACAAAAUUAAUUAAAAAGUAACAACAACCAGGCACAAUUAGAAUGAGAAUAAGUUGGGAAAAGUUCUUCAGGGAGAGCAACAGGGAUUGCCUUUGGCUUCAGACUCACCUCUUGCAGCAUUGGGGAGCGGAGGGGUGUUGGCCCUUUUCCUUUUUCUCAGGUGCCAGAAAGCCUAAAAUCGCCAUGGCAGCAUGUUCUGGAAGGGUGAUCUGGAUCAAAAUGCAGUUCCCAGCAGCAGUGUUGUUCUCCAUGUUCCAACUCUGAUAACCAGACAUGGUGGUCAAUAUGAAAGAGCAGAGCAAAACUGCACUGUCUUUUCGCAUUGCUUCUGUUUUUUUCUGGAAAAAAACCCUAUCUUUUCUAGUAAUGUGCUCAUUUUAGCUUUGGGGAGGUGUUACUAAGUGCCUGAUACACUGGAUAGACAAGAUGUGUCCAUCAGCAGCAAGCAACCAGAGGUAUUUACUCAUAAUGGUGCAGUUUCCAAAGUGACAGAGAUGGCACUGAGCAAAGUGUCAUAGCUGGAGGAAGUCUCUUCAGGGUGAAAUGAACUAAUACAAAACAAGCUGAAUUUCUGUUUUCACCAAUGCAAAAUUAUUUAUUAACUUUGGUGAUUUGAGAUUUAAUUCAUACGAAGACCAGAGCUUACUCUGUCAGGAUUCCUGGAUUUGCCUUCUUCUCAGCAUAGGAGAAAAUAAUGUGAAAUGCCUCCAGCUUCCCAGAGAUGGGACUUUCAAGGUCAGUAUCAGUAUUUUUACUGCCUCAUCAAGGGAAGCCUGAAAUGAUUCAAGAUUCCUGUCUGGUGAGUCGUUCCUAAGAGUUUUCUGGUUUUGAGUUCUUGGUACUCUGACAAUCAUGAUAUUGUGAAAACGUUUAUUUCUGCCCACCCAUCUCUUUCCAACAUUCUUUUCAGGAGAUACAGAUGGCAUAACAGUCUCUAAGAGAUAUUAAGACUUUCAAGCAGCCACUGUUCCUUCAUUUAUUUGCUUUUGUUAGUUUCUGCAUACUUUCAGGAGCUAAAAUUAGUAGAGAGCCUCCAGCUUUUCACAGAUGCUGCCAUAUUACUGACUUCAUCCAUCCAGCAAAUGCUGACUGUGACACUGUAAAGGGUCUACACCUAUUUUGUCAUUACAUUUAUAGAACUUUUGGUUGUUGUUGAUUUCAAAAUACAGAAAGUCCCAGUGACAAACUGCAGUGGUAUUUUGAGAGCAGUUCCUUCUUCAUGUUUGCUGUAAGUGGCAUUGAAUGACUUAGGGGAUGAGAGAAGUACAAUUGCACUUUAACAGAAACAUUUCUGGGUUUGGGUGCAAGUGCUUUGCUAGCAGAAUGAAAAACAAAAUAAAAAUUGGAAGCGCACUGAGUAAAAAGACCAAUCUCUGUCCUAUUUUAGGUUUUGAUAUUUUUGUCAUUAUCUAAUGCAGAAAGGAAAAAAAUCUUUGGAUGUUGAAGUAAAAUACUUGUUUUGAACAUAUUUUGGACUAUUCUGUCUAUCCUGAUAAAAUUGUAGGAAGACAUAAGUUGCUUGAACUACAAAUUUUCUGAUAUUUAUCCAAAACAUUUGCUGUAAUCUCAAGGCUUUUGCAACAUCAUCUUCAUCAAAAGUUGUCCACUUACACCUUGCACUGCUGAUCUCUUACCACAAUCAAGCAUUAUUCUGACGACAAAGGAGAUGAGAAGAGUCCACAGAUGAUGAAGUCCAGCUAGUGAGAGAAAAAGCAACAAACGAGGCAACAACUCAAGACAAAUUAGAGCUGAGCCACCCUCACCAAAUGUGCUGCAUUUCUUGGUCUAAAAACCCUAACAAUUUGUUCCUGAGUACCUAGCAGAAGAGAAGAGAAGAAAAUGAAGACUUAAGAAGAAAAAACUAAAGACUGAUUGAAGGGACUUUUCAAAAGUAGAGUCUUUCCAUUGAGACUGUUGUCACAAGUUCAGCUAAAAUUAUUAGUUUUAUAAUUGUCAUUGUUAUGUUAGUAUUGUUCUACUGUUCUUUAUGUCUCUGGGAAUCCCUUUUUGAGUUGUCAUAAUCACUCUAUAAAUUGUCCAAUAAGUACUAAGUAAUUUAAGUUUUUAAGAAUACCCUAGGGCCAUAACCUGAAGACUAUCCUCUGUUUCUAAAAGAAAAUAAAAGGGGAAGUUGUGGAGUGCCCCCACCCCAGGAGGUGGGGAUUCACCUACACAGACAGCAUUGAGUGAGGGGCGUGACUUAAAGAAGAUUCUGCCCCUCCACCUUGUGGGGUGUGCCCCCUCAAGCCCGGGAAAAGGCACCCCACCCUAUUUUGUCAGAUAAGGAAUAGCCCCAGAAUGUUCUUCCUUUCCCGUACCCUCGGUGGUUUAAAUUUUACUGCAGUGUCCCCCCCUUAGCUCUUCCCAUUGGUUGCCCUCCUCAAUCCACCCCUUUGCAGUCUCCUGCUUGUAUUGCUAUUGAACUCUGACCCUAAACUCCACCCGUAUCCUGGCAUAUAAAAACCAUGACUCUGCCCUCGUUCUUGUCUUGGUCCCUGGCUCAGUAAAGGAUCCUGAAUUUUGCUAAACCAAGACCCAUCCUGUGGUCAUCUUUUCCUGUUGGUCAUUAGUAGCUGCCUGAGGUCCAAGACUUCAGGGCCCAGGGGAAUUGUUGCACCCCUUGUUGUGGCAGAAUGCAAUGAAAUCCAACAUAAAAAAAUCAAUUAUUUGUUAUAGGAGCACUUAACCAUGAAGGCUAAGGCAAAAUACUCUUUGGAAUAUGACCAUGGCAACUGUGACAGAAGUUAACAUAAAAACAGAAAAGCAGUUUUCCAGCCCACAUCUCUUGCAAAUACUCUCUGCAGGGGUAAAGAUAUAUGCAUAUUUUUGUAGGGCUAAAUCUUAACAACUUAUUUCUCUCAUUGCUAAUGUAAGAAUCCCAUUUGUCUGACAUGAAUGUUUCUAAUUAUAUAUAUUCAUGGAGCAGCAUCUCAAACUUAAAUGCAUCAUGGCUAAGUACUUUACUGAAUCUAGAUGUAAAUUAAAAGCUUGAUAGAAUAAUCUAUAAAUAACUCCCUUAAAAAUCAGCUUCCUUAGGAAACCAUGCUUGAAUUAAUGAUUCCAUUUUCCAUAAACAUCCACUCACAUUUAUGUGUUGCAUGGAAAAUUAAAUCAUUAUUGCACAGCCACAAAAGAGCCUCAUGAUGGCCUAACUUUUCCACAUGUCCAGAACAUUGUAAUGUCUGUACUAAUUAAUUUGGUGUUUCAUGCUUAGUUUCAGUUUCCAGAAUACCUCACUGCACUGAAGAUGCUUCUGCUUUCAGCUCUGAGGAGGCUGAGCUCUUGUGCUGGCAAGUGCUUGUGCACUGGCAGAAGGUGAGGCCGAGGGUGGAUUUGUGGAUGGCCUUGUCUCUUUGUCACAGGUUGGGAAGGCCCUGUGAAAGCAGGGCUUUUAGGCACUCAGGAAAGGCCCCCUGGCUGGUACAAUUGAUCACACUGCUUUGGAUGGUCCGGUGAACUCAUUCAUGGCAUUGGUUUACAUGUGCUGCAUGUCUUAAUAAUUUUUCCAUUCUUACUGUGUAUGGAUAAUGCAAAAUAUCCUGAGUGCCUGCUAUCUUUUGAAUAUCAACACAAUAUAUUCCAUAAGAAGCACAUAAAAUGACUAGGCAAUGAAACAAUUAAUUGAUUUUAUAAUGAAGCAUGAAAUCAAAUAGACUUUGAGAUAGAGUUGAGAGAAGCUGGUGUCUGAUCUGAUUAAGAUCAAUGUUAUUUUCCACUUGUUAGAGCCCAGGGGCCACUGGUGAAGUCAUUUGGUCUUAGCUUAGCGGUCAUAGAACAGUUUGACAGGUUUGACUUAGUGGUAUAUGGGUGACAGCUCAGUCUUAGGAGGGCCAUCAGUGCAACAGAGAUGUGGUUGUUUUGAUGUGGCCAGAUUUAUAUCAUGGGGAAGAAAUGGGACUGGAAAUAAUUUGAUGGGUUCUGUGCCUUUUGAUCAUGUAAGAAGUUUGCUGAGCUGGAAUGGGGAAUUCAUUGUCCCUUUAUGGUUAAACCAAUGAGGGUACUUUGCAGAAAUGUGAGACAUCAGUAGAAUCAUGAAUUUCUUGGGUUUAAAUCAUUACUGUGAACAGCAGGUCCAAAGAAAUUCAAGAUGCUCAGCUGCUUUUGCUCUGUGGUGUGGCUUGGUUUUGUUUUCUCCAUGGUGCUUUCCAUGCAAUCACCAGCCUGGGAAAGAUCAGUUUAAGAGGGCAAGACUUCUCUGCUGUUUUGAGUCUACCUGAUUCCCCAUGGACUUAUGUUUGCACAAUCAGGAUGUAGUUGAUGAAUGCCUUUCUUUGAUUUGUAGACCAAUAGGGACAUCUCAGCUCCAGAAAACUGCAGCUGUAUCAUGGAGUGGUGUCCUGGGCAAGGAAAAGUUCUUUACCUUAAAGUAUAAGCAGAAAACAUUAAUAGAAGAAUUUCUAGGAGAGUAAUAAUGACACUCACCUGAUGCAUGCUACAGAAAUCUCUCAGACUGAAGGGGACUAUUAUGAGAGCUAAGCAGGAUUUAGAAUUUACCCCUGUAAAAGGAAGUCCGGUAUUUGCAUGCAGAGCUUUGCUGAUAUAAAAUCCUCAUGUUUCAAGCUUUUUCCUGGGGAUCAAAAUUCUUAAAAAUCAGGAAUUUACCAGUGUAGAAGUCUUUUCAGUGUCAACAAGAUAUUUUCAUACAUCAAAGUCUGUAAAAUACACAUGACCUGAAUUACUGAAAGGCACAUUUUAACUUCUCACCCAGAUUUUUCCAUUUUCAGUGCCUUGGAGGGGUGGCCAAGGGGAAAAGCAUUCUUUCAGAAAAAAAAGAUCUUACAGCUAUUCUUCCCUUACCAGAUUUAUAAAAUUUCAGCAGUUCUCCACAGCCCAGUGAAAUCAUCACAGAUCCAUUUUAUUCAGCUGAUUCUUGCUGUUCUGUGUUCCUGUUUUGAGCUAUGGGAAAUGUGCAUAUUUGUGUUAUGGUUUCUGUGAGAAAGACGGGAAAGAAGCUACUUGUGGGAGUACCUGUUGCAAAGGGAAGGGGGACACCAGGUGGUUGAAGAAGCCCAGACUUCUCAGUCCCACUCCAGCUUCUUUUGUGGUGCUCAUCAAAUCUCCUCAUUUAUAUGCCCUGCUCCCAGGCAAAGAGUUUUAUUCUGAAAUGUUUCAUUUUAGUGAAGUGCUGGAUUUUUUUAAUAAUAUUUGUUUUGCCGAGUAAUGUAAGUGCAUCCGGAUGACUUCUGUACCAGAUGGGAGAGGGAUUACAGGAACUCAUGUGGCAUUAGACCAAGAAAGCUGAGAAAUUAUCUAUGUCUGAAAGAGAGGGAAUUUUAGACCAGAGAAUGUUUGGUGAAGGGAAGAACAUGUCUUUUACUAACAGGUUUUUUUGUUCUUUCUUCUGGAGAAAAACCCAGUGAAUGUAAGUAUGAAAUCUUUUCCUGAGGUAUUACAACCAAGUAGUGUUUCCUCCUUUUCUUCUGCAAGUGAACUGAAAUUUUUGAAGACAAAAAGGCAGAGAAGAUCCCAUUUGAAAGAAAGAUUAGGCAAUUUGGGUUUAUUUUUCUUUAGUUUUAGCAUCUGUAUUUGAAAACCAGAUUCACAUGUCAUAUUGUCAUCCAGAAGGUAUUAGUGAUGGCUUCUUUUUCUAGCAGAGAUGAAAUUCAAGUUUCUUCUCACCUCAGGAUGAAUGUACUGCUAUGCAUCUACUUCAGUUACUGGAACACUAUCGCUUCUGUUUUCUGAGGGUUUGAACAUGAGUACCCAGCCACACACUGUGACCAAAGUAGAGAUCCCUGGCCAUGUUCUUUACACCGUAGGAACAUGUGUGCUCAUUAUUGGCUCCAUUGGCAUCAUCGGAAACCUCCUAGUCCUCUACGCAUUUUACAGCAACAAGAAGCUGAGGACUCCCCAAAACUACUUUAUAAUGAAUUUAGCUCUGAGUGACUUCCUGAUGUCGGCUUCUCAGGCACCCAUGUGCUUUGUCAACAGCUUGCACAGAGAAUGGAUACUUGGAGACAUAGGCUGUAACCUGUAUGCUUUCUGCGGGGCUCUCUUUGGGAUAACCUCGAUGAUGACUCUGUUGGCUAUCUCUGUUGACCGCUACCUGGUGAUCACAAAGCCCCUGCAGUCCAUCCAGUGGACUUCCAAGAGACGCACCAUGCAGAUCAUCGCUCUAGUGUGGCUCUACUCACUGGGAUGGAGCGUGGCUCCGCUCCUCGGCUGGAGUUCCUAUGUGCCUGAGGGCUUGAUGAUAUCCUGUACGUGGGACUAUGUAACCUACUCCCCUGCAAACAGAAGCUACACCAUGAUUUUAUGCUGCUGCGUGUUUUUUAUCCCCCUGAUAAUAAUAUUCCACUGCUAUUUAUCGAUGUUCCUGGCCAUAAGACGUACUGGCAGAGAUGUUCAAAAGCUGGGGUCCUGCAGCCGGAAAUCCUACCUCUCUCAGUCCAUAAAGAAUGAGUGGAAGCUGGCAAAAAUUGCUUUUGUGGUGAUCAUUGUGUUUGUCUUGUCCUGGUCUCCAUAUGCUUGUGUCACCUUGAUUGCCUGGGCAGGUCGAGGCAACAGCCUAACACCAUAUUCCAAAUCUGUGCCAGCAGUUAUUGCCAAAGCUUCUGCAAUCUACAACCCCAUCAUAUAUGCAAUAAUUCACCCAAGAUACAGAAAAACCAUCCACAAAGCUGUUCCCUGCCUGAGAUUCCUGAUACGAAUAUCGAAGAAUGACCUCCUGAGGGGAUCCAUAAAUGAGUCAUCAUUCAGAACCUCUCUCUGCAGCCACCACUCUCUUGCUGGCAGGACCAAGAGCACAUGUGUUUCCACUGUUUCUACUGGAGAAGCUAUCUGGAGCAAUGUGGAGCUCGACGCUGUAGAGCCAGCUCAAGAGAAAUUGAAGCCUCGCCGAAGUCACUCUUUCUCCACAAGUCUGAGUCAAGAGAAGAGAGACCUGCUCCCAAAGACCUGCAGCUGCGAUGCAGCCACUGCCAAAAAGGUUUCGCUCUCCUCCAGCUGUUUGGAGAAGGUGCUUGGGCAGCCUGUCCUACCCAAUCCCUCUGCAGCACUUGUGACCAGCUCCCUGAGAGCAACUUCUCUGCCUGUCAGAUUGAAUAGCAGCAGUGUCACCAGAGGAGACUCAAGUACUUCCCAUAUGGAAACUCAAGGAAGUCAAGUGAAUGGAGUUGUGGAUUCUGUUAUUAGCAAUGCAGUCCCUCGCAUCAUCAUCAUUCCUACCUCAGAGACAAAUCUGUUUCGGGAAGAACUGGAAGAGGAAGAGACUGAAUUAUUCCACUUUCAUGACAAAAAGGGCAAUCUGCUGGACUUGGAAGGGCUUAGCUCAUCCAUGGAGUUCCUUGAAGCUGUUGAGAAAUUUCUAUCAUAAGUUUUUCAAAAGAAAACUUUCCGGUAAUUAUUUUCUUGGCAUCUUCUCCACUUAAUUAUACCAAAUAACUGAAGCCUUGUGGGUUAGAUCAUCAGAUUUUUUUGUAUGUUUAUAUGGUAGUCACUAGGCAGCCUUCAGAGUUUUCUUUGUCCAAACCAGCUCAGGCAUGGAAACAGGCUUUCUUUCAGAUUGUGCCACAGGAAAUGAGCAGUGGAAGAUCUGGCAGCAGGAUCGAGUGGCAUUGGUCAAGGAGGCUGCCUGAUUUGUUGCCACUGAUGGGGGCACCAGCAGAAAGGAAAACGAGUGACUGAGAGCAGGGUCAGCUGCUGAAUGCUUCUGCUAUCUGCACAUGGAACAGCAUUCCUGUUUUGGCAGCCCUGCUCUGGACAGUGAUGGGAAGCACUGCAAGACCACAGCUUCCACCAGCCCCAGCAGUAAGGCACAUGGCUACAUGACCUCAACUAGAGUUUAAUCAAAUAAUUCUCAGCAUUGGUUUUGCUGUGUUUUCUUUUUUAAAUAGGCAGCUUGCUAAACAUAAAGAAAGAAACUGGUGUUUUUUCACUGGAAAGUGACUACUUCCCAGCUUCUAAUCCUCUGAAGUUUAGUGGUAGAAAUCUGGAUUUUACCUCAGCAUUAGCAUGGUCACUUAAAUGUCAAAAUGCAAGGUGCUAUAUGCUAAAACAUACACUACUGUAGAAGCAUUCAAAGUACCUUCAGAGUUACAGUCCUGAUUAAAUAUGUAUGUAUUCUAAUGAGUCUGUGAUUGAAAGGGUGAAUGCUCACAGCUGGCUUGACAAGUCAUUGAAAAGAAUAAAGCCUUGGCUGCUGUAUAUCACCUGUCUGAUCAGAGAAGGUUCUUCUCAUCUCCUCUAAAACACACCAGCAGAUGUCUUUUACAGGUCACUUACCAGAGGCCUUCAAAGUGGGUAAAACAUCAACUUGGGAAGAGAAUCACACAGUACUGUGUUUGCUACAGGAUCUGCACUUGCAUCUUUAUCUGUGGUUACUAUCUGUGCUCCUUUUUAUCUGUGCUUCACAUUAUGGCUCAGGCUCACAGGAUUCUCCUAGCAUUUUAUUCCUCUUUAUGCACUCUUCCUUUUUUACUCAUUUUCCCAUUUCUUCAUGUCUUCCCUUUCAGUCUCUGAUUUUCAAACAUAGUUUGAACAACUUGAAUUACAUUGUUCUUUACAUAAUUUCAAUACAUAUUAGUAGAAAUCAAGGUACUCCUCUGGAUAUAAUAGUGCAAAUAUUUGGUCCAGGGAGACUAAUAGUAUUCAGACAUUCAACAAGAGAGUGAAAGUUUAUGUUCAUAGUCUCGGUUUAUUUCCUUGACUGUAUCCUAGAUCGUGCAGAGAUCACUGAGAGAAUUUCCAGGUUUUGUGUAUUGCACUGGCUGAUCUCAGGAAGUAAUUUCUCUUUGCCUGUUUUCCUGAUGCAAAAACCAGAUGGGAAGCAUGGAAGUAUUUUUAAUUACUUUUUUCACUACAAAAAAAGGCAACACAAAUCUUGUUUGCAACAAUCUAGACAGGAACGCUACUAAAGAGCAAAUGAAAACCCACAGAAGCACAGGAGAGAGGAGAAUGCCUCCAAACUUGCACACCUGAGGCACUGCCAGGUGCCAGACCUUUAAGAGGAGUGAGGCACUCACUUUUGAUACCAUUUUUAGAAAAAGAAAAAGGCCACUGGUGGGUUACAGAGGCAAUUGCUGUGACAGGCUGCCUAAUGCAGUGCUGACACUCCACAUGCUGCUAUUAUUUGAGGUGCUCUGCUGGCUAGAGACCCUCAUACUUCCUUACUGUGGAAAGCAGGGAGGAAAUUGGGUGUGGAGCCCCAUCCUGCUGCCUGUGUGUGGCCCUGGUGUGUGGUGCUGGGGGACCACGGCUCAGCUGGGGCAGCACCAGGCUGCGGUUCCUGCAGCCAGGCUGCCAAAGCCUGUGCCCACUGAGUGCUGAGUUUUCUUACAGGGCCAGGAAUCAUGCCAAGGUCAUCUACAAUGAGCUCAGCAAUUCCAAGGGCAAUUCCUCCAUUUGAGGACUGGCACGGUGAGCAGACAGUGCAGGACAGCUGCCGGGGACUGGGACAGGGACGUGCUCACUUGCAGUUCCACAGUGCCAGGUUUUCAUCCACUGCAUAGUUUAGGCCACAAUGUGUUAUCAAAUGUUAAUUAUGUAUUAUGUUCAUGGGAAAUGGGGCAGCCUUAGUCCUAGGCUAAACAUACUGUCCUUCCAUCUUGGAUUCUUGCCCUUUUUCUUGUUAAACCUGCCCUCUCUGAUUUUUUUUUCCCUACACCAACUGUGCAGUCAGUGACCUUACUUCUUCUUGCAUUUAAUAUCCUCAGCUGCUGUGUCUCUUUUCUUCUUGAGCCAUAUGUUAGGAAAAGAGCAUACUUUCAAGGCUUCCAAGCCUUAGACCUGACUUUUACUGUUGUAAUGACUCCAAAUAACAAUAGAAAAUGCACUUGCUGUUCCACGUUAUAAAAACAUGACCUGGAGAAGAUUUUGCAUUCAGAUUAUGACAGACUUAUGCUGGGAAGACUGUAGGCAGAAUGGUAUUGCCAUAGGUUUUGGCAGGAUGAAGAAUGGAAGACCUGAAGUCAUAGUCAACAAAUUCCUCCAUAUCUGAAGUCUUGCAUUCUACCUGUUAGCCUACAGAAGGCUCUCCAGUGAUUUCUUGUAUGUGUUUGGUGCUUAUUACUGUGAUGGUACUGUGAGUGUGUCUCAGAAAAUUAGCAGGCUUGAGGUAUGUGCAAACAAUGUUUCACUUUUAUGCUGUUAGUGUCAUACACUGUUAGCACCAUAGCUUCAGAAGCUACUUUAAAAUUACUGCUUAUUUAAACUGAUGCAGGCUAAAAUACCAAAUGGUAUAAAGAUAGAGAGAUAAAACAUAAAGUUGUAUGAAAUAUCAGAUAGACUUACUCCAUCAUUGUGAGACUUCUGCAGAAACAUCAGUCACAGAGUAAAUUAGUCUCGAAUACCACAAUGCAGGAGAAUUUUGCAAGCUUCUCUGUUGCCACAUUAGGAUAGAUGGCACAUAAAAAUGUACACUAAUUAAUGUUGCUUCCCAUUUCACAAAGGAAUGUAUUGGUUCACUCAAGUGGAAUAAAAAAUACUUAGGAGUUAAACUGAAUUAUCCAUUGUUUGU